UAUUUUUGGAAGGUUAUGAUUUUAGAACAGCGCUUCUCAGAAAAGUGGAUUUUAAGUUCUUACAAAUCUUUAAACCAGCCUUUGUAUGUAACCUUUUUUUUUUUUUUUUUUAAUCUUUUAUUGAAGGCAUACAGAAAGUUAGCCAAGGAAUACCAUCCUGAUAAGAAUCCAAAUGCCGGUGACAAAUUCAAAGAAAUAAGUUUUGCAUAUGAAGUACUAUCAAAUCCCGAGAAACGCGAGUUAUAUGACAGAUACGGAGAACAAGGUCUUCGGGAAGGUAGCGGCGGAGGUGGUGGCAUGGAUGAUAUUUUCUCUCACAUUUUUGGUGGGGGAUUGUUCGGCUUCAUGGGCAAUCAGAGUAGAAGUCGAAAUGGCAGAAGAAGAGGAGAAGACAUGAUGCAUCCACUCAAAGUAUCUUUAGAAGACCUGUAUAACGGCAAGACAACCAAACUACAACUUAGCAAGAAUGUGCUCUGUAGUGCGUGCAGUGGCCAAGGUGGAAAGUCUGGAGCUGUUCAGAAGUGCAGCGCUUGUCGGGGUCGAGGCGUACGCAUCAUGAUCCGACAGCUGGCUCCGGGCAUGGUGCAGCAGAUGCAGUCUGUGUGUGCCGACUGCAACGGCGAAGGAGAGGUGAUUAACGAAAAAGACCGCUGUAAAAAGUGCGAAGGGAAGAAGGUGAUCAAAGAAGUCAAGAUCCUGGAGGUCCACGUGGACAAAGGCAUGAAGCACGGGCAGAGAAUUACGUUCACUGGGGAAGCCGACCAGGCCCCGGGCGUGGAACCAGGAGACAUUGUUCUUUUGCUACAAGAGAAAGAACAUGAGGUGUUCCAGAGAGAUGGGAAUGAUUUGCACAUGACAUAUAAGAUUGGACUUGUCGAAGCUCUGUGUGGAUUUCAGUUCACAUUCAAGCACCUUGAUGGACGUCAGAUUGUGGUGAAAUACCCGCCUGGCAAAGUCAUCGAGCCAGGAUGUGUCCGUGUAGUUCGCGGCGAAGGGAUGCCACAGUAUCGUAACCCCUUUGAAAAAGGUGAUCUUUACAUAAAGUUCGAUGUACAGUUUCCUGAAAACAACUGGAUCAACCCAGACAAGCUUUCUGAACUAGAAGAUCUUCUGCCCUCUAGACCGGAAGUUCCAAACAUAAUUGGAGACACGGAGGAGGUAGAGCUUCAGGAAUUUGACAGCACUCGGGGCUCAGGAGGUGGCCAGCGGCGUGAAGCCUAUAACGAUAGCUCCGAUGAGGAGAGCAGCAGCCAUCACGGACCCGGAGUGCAAUGUGCCCAUCAGUAAACUCUGCAGACCGAUUGCACAAGUGGAUUUUCUUUCCACGUCUGCCUGGUUUGUUGUCAGCGACCCCGCUGGAGGGUCUGGUCAGUCCAGAUGAGCUGAUGGACAUCUGUUGGUCUAUGUGUAACUUUUAAAAUUGGUAUAAUAUCUACAGAGUGUAUAAUUUAAACUAACCACAGAGCUUUACAUCUUCAUUUCGACUGUUCCGUAGCAGAAUAAAGCACUUGAAAGGAAAUAAGACUCCCUUUCACACAUGGGUUUUAAGUUUCAGUCCUGGCAUCUGUGCUUGAUUUUUAUCGGUUUCGUGUAGAUUAUUUUUUUGUUUCAUAUUUUAAAUUCAAAUCCCACAUUGUAAAGUUUGUGUACAAUUUGUCCUGAAGCUUUGUGUUUGGCUGCACCUGCAUAAGCUGCUACAAAUAGAAUAAAGAAUUUCAUAGCCUGUAUCUAUCAUUUAGGUGCAUGGAAAAAAAUGGGCUUUGCACACAAUGGGUUUGGAGCUGACUGGGAACAAUGGAAAACAUUACAUUAGCUGUGGUUGUAAAGUUUUUCUUUUUUUUUUUUCUUUUUUUUUUUUUUUUUUUUACCAUCUUGUGAAAGGUUUUUGAAACUUGAUAAUAAAAAGCAGUGGUGUAAAUUA